CCACCUCCCUCCGGUCCCUCACUGGGACGUCUGUACGCGGCGUCGCGGAGUGCAGUGGCGACAGUGGCUGCACUUUCUCCGUGGUCCCGGCUGUAGCUGAGCUGUGGAGAGUGCGCAGCGGGGCCGCCGGAGCCCAAGGAACGCGUGCGCUGAGGCGAGAGAGUCCCGGGCCUCCGAUCGCGCGCCGCUGGUUCUCCGCGUGGCCUGGGCGGAGGGUCCCAAGCCCCCGGCGCUUAUAGAACCGCCCCGACUCUGGGCAGAGCCGAGGGAGGAAGCGAGUAGCGCCCGCGCGCUCCGUGCUGAGUUGCAGGCUGUUUCCCGGCUGCAAGAUGCCCAAGAAGAAGCCGACGCCCAUCCAGCUGAACCCGGCCCCCGAUGGCUCGGCGGUUAACGGGACCAGCUCGGCCGAGACCAACCUGGAGGCCUUGCAGAAGAAGCUGGAGGAGUUGGAGCUCGACGAGCAGCAGCGGAAGCGCCUGGAAGCCUUCCUGACACAGAAGCAGAAGGUGGGAGAGCUGAAGGAUGACGACUUCGAGAAGAUCAGUGAACUGGGAGCCGGCAAUGGCGGAGUGGUGUUCAAGGUCUCCCACAAGCCAUCUGGCCUAGUUAUGGCCAGGAAGCUAAUUCACCUGGAGAUCAAACCCGCAAUCCGGAACCAGAUCAUCCGGGAGCUGCAGGUGCUGCAUGAGUGCAACUCCCCGUACAUCGUGGGCUUCUACGGGGCCUUCUACAGCGACGGCGAGAUCAGCAUCUGCAUGGAGCACAUGGAUGGUGGGUCUCUGGAUCAAGUUCUGAAGAAAGCUGGAAGAAUUCCUGAGCAAAUUUUAGGAAAAGUUAGCAUUGCUGUGAUAAAAGGCCUGACGUAUCUACGGGAGAAGCAUAAGAUUAUGCACAGAGAUGUUAAGCCUUCCAACAUUCUAGUGAACUCACGUGGGGAGAUCAAACUCUGUGAUUUUGGGGUCAGCGGACAGCUGAUUGACUCCAUGGCCAACUCCUUCGUGGGCACGAGGUCCUACAUGUCGCCCGAGAGACUCCAGGGGACUCACUACUCCGUGCAGUCAGACAUCUGGAGCAUGGGGCUCUCUCUGGUGGAGAUGGCAGUUGGGAGAUACCCUAUCCCUCCUCCUGAUGCCAAGGAGCUGGAGCUGCUGUUUGGAUGCCACGUGGAGGGAGACGCAGCCGAAACACCACCCAGGCCAAGGACUCCUGGGAGGCCCCUCAGCUCAUAUGGAAUGGACAGCCGACCUCCUAUGGCAAUUUUUGAAUUGUUGGAUUACAUAGUCAAUGAGCCUCCCCCAAAACUGCCCAGUGGAGUAUUCAGUCUGGAAUUUCAGGAUUUUGUGAAUAAAUGCUUAAUAAAGAACCCUGCAGAGAGAGCAGAUCUGAAACAGCUCAUGGUUCACGCUUUCAUCAAGAGAUCUGAUGCUGAGGAGGUGGACUUUGCAGGUUGGCUCUGCUCCACUAUUGGGCUUAACCAGCCCAGCACACCAACCCAUGCCGCCGGCAUCUGAGCCUUUGGGAAGCAGCAAAGAGGAAUCCUCUGCCCAGUGGCAUGCCAUGUUGCUUUCAAGCCUCUCUCAUGCUUGUCUCUGUUCAGACGUGCAUCCCAUCUGUGACAAAGGAUGAAGAACACAGCAUGUGCCAAAUAGUACUUGUGUCAUUUUUAAUAUCACUGUCGUAUCACUAUGGUUACUCCCCUGAGUGGAUUGGCUUUGUGCUUGGGGCUAUUUGUGUGUUGGUCAAACACAUGCCAAGCUGAACAACAGUGAAACCCUGGUGACCUGGGUGAUCAUUCUUACUGAUGUUUGCACCGCUGUUCAUGUUCUGUGACUAACUGGCUGCCUGAAUUGUCAGGAUUCUCGGACCCUUGGUACUUCACUCUUGCUGGUGACCCCUCAAUCUGAGGAGAGGGAGCCUUGUAAGACACCCCACAGGCAGUGCAUGGGAAGCAUGCUUUACUGCUGCUGAAAUGAGCAUCAGAACGUGCACAUCACGGCAUUCUUAUUUUUUGCUUUUGGUAUAAAA